AUGAACCCAAACACUGACCAUACUCCCACUGCUCGCACAAACCUUUCGGUCUCGGAAUGCUCGAUCAUCUGCCCCAUCUCCCCUCUUGCUGCAAUGUCAGUGACCACGCGUGCUGCAGCCCGCGAUGAUCUCAAGCGCACGCUAGGCCGGCGUGAGGCUAUUGACUUGACUGACCACCUGUCAGUCUUGCCGCGUCGCUCACCAUUACCGCGUCUCCCAUCAAUGUCUCCUCCACUCGACCUUCCCGAAAUCGGCGAGAUCCUCCAGAAUGUUCCCACUCGCACUAUCAGUGCUGCAAUGGUGUCUAAUGGGGCUGGUCCAUCCAAUGCAACCUCUCCCUCUCGCCCUGCCAGCACGCCAAAGCAUAAUGCUUACUAUGAUAGGGUGGAUCAUGGCGGCCAAAAUCUUGUGUCGGUAACUGUCGUUUUCGCUGAAGAGACCGCUGGAGCGACUGCCAGGUCUAAAACCAAGGUGAAGAAGGUGACCCGUACGAAGUCCGAUCACGUCAACAUCAUCGACCUUGAUCGCCUUGGUUUCCUCCGCACGUGUCUUGCCUUCCAAGACCUUGACAGUCAGUAUGACCUUACCCUCUUAUGUGGGCCAGAGUAUUGGUUCCGGUCCGAGCGUCACCCAAACCCGUCUUUGACAUACCUCAAUGUGAUGCUCGACCUCGACAACAUUGCCCGUUACAAGAUUCGACAGAAGAGAAUCUGUGCCCUUGAUGAUGACUCAGAUCCCAUCAGACCAGACUCAGAGCUCAUGAGGGGAACACGCGUGCCACACCUGGCCGGCCUCAGUGACAACGACUGCCUGCAUGGCACACUCAAUCUGAAGCUGAGGAAGCAAUGGGAAUGUCACGAGCACCUUGGUGAGCACGGUCAACCCAGAGUCUGCUACGUAAAUGCACUGGGCAAACACAUUGGGGUGAAUAACUGGAGGAGCAAUGUCUGGACCACCGCUAUAUCUUUUACCAGUACUCUAGACACCACUACUCACCUAGACACCUGGCCUUUAUUGUACUCUGGGUCAUUUUUUACCGCUUCUCAGGACUUAAAUAGAUCUGUGGGGGAUAAUAAUAGAUAG